AUGGGUCAAUUCACUGUCUCCCACAGGUGUGCACUGAAGAUGUGUGAAGCCACUCUCUUGUCCUGUAUGCUGCUGCUGCUGCUGUAUGCUUCCAGGUGCAUCAAUGCAGCAUGUCCCUUGGUAUGUUCCUGUAGCGAAAGUGAUAGAGAGGUAGACUGCUCCUGGAGAGGACUAAGAACCCUCCCCAGUGGCUUCCAGCUCAACAUCCACUCUCUCAACCUUUCCCACAACCGUCUGGCUGACCUGGACCAUGUCCUGGCCAAUUACACCCACCUCCGCACCUUGGACAUUUCUCACAACCGACUUUCCCACAUGCCUGCCUUGUUGCCCCGCUCACUGUGGGAACUUUACGCCUCAGGCAAUCGCAUCCGCCUUCUGAAAAAGAACGACACAGUGUACCACUGGAACCUGCGUCUACUGGAUUUGUCGGCAAACAGACUAGAGCGUGUUGUAUUCAUCAACAAUACACUACCCAGCUUGCAGGCUCUCAACCUUAGCUGCAACAAGUUCUGGACUGUGCCUACUAACAUGCCCCGAAACUUGGAGAUGGUGGAUCUGUCACACAACACGCUGGUACAGAUCCUGCCUGGGUCACUUGACCGCCUACCCAGACUAUCACGUUUCUACCUACAUGCUAAUCACUUUCCUGCAGUGUGUGAAGGUGCCUUUGAGCAACUUCAUGGAUUAAGACUUGUCACACUAGGAGACAACCCUUGGGCUUGUGAUGACCACUCCAAAAUCAAGUAUCUGCUAGACUGGGCCAAGCACACCUCAGCUCGUGUGCUGGGUUGCCCGUGCCACACAUGGUCAACCUGUGGAGAGUCUCAGCUUGCCAGGGGGACAUCAGGGUGGUACUUUGCCUCCUACACACUUGCUCCACGUAGCAGAAUGGGAUGGGAAUUCAAUCGUCUUCUAUCUGGGGUGACCACCUACUACAGGUCUGAAGAAGUGCUCACUGGCAAUCAGUACACCAGGAAGGCUCCAAAACUCUCGAGUCAUCCAGACAACAACGAGGAAUCUUUUGGGCAUGGUUUUCUUUUGACCUCCACUUCUCAAAGCCUUUCUUCUACAAGCCUGCAUAUGCCAACAGAUACGCCGGUCACCGAGGAUCUCCUCACAACCAGUGGAGUUUCCACUUCAACUACACGCAGGACAACCACUCUUCGCACCAGGAGUGUCAGGAGAACCAAUCAGAAGCUUGGCAGAAAUGCAAGCCCAGAAAACAAAGCUUGGUUUAUGUUCACAGUCUCGCUAAAUGUGCUCUUUCUGAUAACUACUGACCAUGUCGUGUGA